AUGAGGACAAGGUUCUGCUGGCGUCACCUGCUGCAGGAGUUCAGCCCCCGCUUCCGGGUGGUGGCCCUGGACCUGCGGGGCUGCGGGGCCUCGGAGAAGCCACCGGGCAGGGACAGCUACCGGCUGGAGCUGCUGCUCGGGGACAUCUGCGAGGUCAUCGAGGCCCUGGGGACACCGGCGGGGACGCCGCGCUGCGUCCUGGUGGGACACGACUGGGGCGGGCUCCUGGCCUGGGAGGUGGCCUCCAGUCACCCCCAGCUGGUGGAGAAGCUGGUGGUGAUGGACGCACCCCACCGGGGCGUCAUGGCAGCUUUCAUGGCGCGUCACCCGUCGCAGCUGCUCCGCUCCUGUUACGUUUUCCUGUUCCAGCUGCCCUGGCUGCCCGAGCUGCUCCUGUCCCUGGCCGACUUCCAGCUGGUGAGGACGUUCCUGACCAGCGUCCGGACGGGCAUCCAGGACCCGGCGCGGCGGCUGUCGGAGCAGGAGCUCGACUCGUACCUGUUCAGCCUCUCGCAGCCCGGGGGGCUCAGCCCCCCCAUCCACUACUACCGGAACCUCUUCCGGUGCGUGGGGCCGCGGUGGUGGGACCCAGUGGGUGACCCGGUUGGGGUUGGGUGAUCCCAGUUGGGUUUGGGUGAU